AUGGCGCGCUGGUUGACGCUCGAGGACGCCAAGGCGUCGUUCAACCUCUUUUGCUGCGUCUAUGGCAUCGGCACGUUGGGCAUGCCCGGCAACUUUGCCCGCGCCGGGCCGACCUGCGGCGCGCUCGCGCUCGCCUUUAUGGGUGUCGCCAACGUCUACGCCUCGGUCGUCUGCAGCAAGGUCAUGCUCCGUGCGCCAGGCUCCGUGCAAACGUUUGCCGACCUCCUCGGUGUCUGCCUCUUUGUACCCUGCGCCUUUCUCGUCCUCGGCGGCUCGCUCCUCGACACCGUGAUCCCGGACGCGUUCUCGCCGCGGCACUGGACGAUCCUCAUGGCCAUGACGAUUCUCCCGAUCUGCCUCGUGCCGACGCUCAAGGAAGGCGCGGCGGCCGCGCUCGCGGGCUGCAUUGGCACGAUCGUCGCCGAUUUUUUAGCCCUCGGCGUCCUCGUCUACUACUUGGGCGCAGACACCGGGGCACCGAUUCCGCCGCCCGACAUCACCUUCGACAGUAUUGCAUCGACGUUUGGCAACCUCGCGCUCGCGUACGGCGCGGCGAUCGUGAUUCCGGACCUCCAGCGCCAGCACUCGGACCCGACCCGCAUGCCCCGGGUCGUCCUCUUCACGUUGCUGUUAGUGACAUUGCUCUUUGUGACGAUUGCCAUCACGGGCUAUACCAUGGUCGGGUGCCAGAUCCCCGGCAACCUCCUCUUUGCCGUCUCGGGCUCUGCGCUGGGAUUUCAGUCGCCCCGGGGCCCCGUCGUCCUCGCCUUCCUCGCCAUGCAGCUGCACAUCACGAUCGGCUUUUCCGUGCUGUUGCACCCGGCCUUUUACUACGCCGAGCGGGCGCUCCUCGGGCUCCAUACGGCGCGCCGCACGCGGCUCCUCCAUGGCGAUGACGAGACUGCGACGGACGAUGCAACGAGCGACGAGGCCAGCGACGCGACCAUGUCCGAGUGUGCGCAAGACGCCGCACUCGUGCACGCGCCACGCGCCAGCGACGUCGACGACGACGACACCAACGAGGUGUUACGGAAGCCACUGGAGGACGAUGAUGACGUCGACGUCGAUCCACAGUUUGCAGCGUGCUGCGUGCUGCGGUCGGCCAUUGUCGCCGGCCUCACGCUGGCGUCGGUCGUCUUGCACGAUCACUUUCACGAGCUCGUCGACUUGGUCGGCGCGUCGUCCGUGUCGCUGAGCUGCAUCAUCUUGCCGAUUCUGAGCUACUUGGCCGUCUUUGCUCCAACGAUUCCGUGGUACGAGCGCGCCUACUGCUACAUCGUUGUCGUUGUCUGCGGCGUGCUCAGCCUCUACGUCACCAUCAAGAGCGCAAGAAGCAUGCUCUUGCCGGCCGCGACCGACGUCGUGUUUCCGUUUUGCCCCGCCGAGUACCAGCACGUUGCGUAUACGAACGCGACGCACUACAAGCAUACGAUGACGACCUAA